AUGCCAAACUUACGCGUGCUCAUCGAAGAGGACGAAAAUUGCGAGCUCUGGCUGUUUGACAUGGCUCAAGAAAUCAUACUCCUGGAGUGGCUGACUUCUCCAGAAGAUUUCGACGCUGUGUACAUUGGAGAGACCCGCAAGCCCUACGAUGCCAAAGUGGGGCCGUUAUGGCGCGUGACGGUCAUGCCAGCUCAGGACGGGCCGACUCCUGAUGCAGAGUUCAAGCAUCAUUAUAGAGUGAUGUUCGGACUGCAUCAUUCCAUCACCGACGGCCACUCAUCCAUGCGAUUGUGUGGUCACUUUCUGUCUUUACUCAAUUCUGAACUUGAAGGGAACGAAGUCGACGACAACGAACAGUUUGCUGAUUACGUGGGGCCAGAGUUUCACGAUAAGCUUGUAGAAGAAGCCAAGCUCACCCUCAGCACGAACUUGGACUUGCAAUGUAAAAUGCGUGAUGAUUAUGCGGCUAUUGCUGCGGCCGAAUCUCUCCUCACCAAGGUUUUCCCUCCAAAGGAUGAGGUAGCUGAUCCGAAAACAGAAACACUCUUCAUCAAAUUUGACGAGGCUUCCACUACAAAAUUUAUAAAGAAAACGAAAUCAGAAGGAGUGAGCGUGCAUUCAGGAUUCUGCUCGGUGUUGCACAGCGCAUUUGUCGAGUUGUUUCAAGAAGCAGGAGUUUCUUCGGAAAAGUAUGAAAUUGUUUCUUUCCACGACGUAAAUGAGAGAAGAUACUGGGACUCUGAGUCUGAGAAAUCUUACGGACCGCACGUAGGUAGGCAACGAAUAAUAUUCACGGUUGAUAAGGAUUGUCCCACCAAUGUGUGGGAAAGUGCCCGCCAGUUCCACAAGGUCUUCCACGAUUACUUGGACAUCAAACAGACGCUCUUCAUGGAUAUACUAGAAGCAGAAGUCUCUCCAGCUGCACAGAAAUCCGAGGACUUUUACAAUUACAAUAUCAUCUGCCCGACAGUCUUCAAGAUUUCCAAUAUGGGCAACGUCACAAAAUUAUUCCUUCAAUCGGAAGGAGCUGAAUAUUCUCAUGUUAAAGCCCUUGAGAUCCGGCGGAGCACGUCGAUUCACAAAUUGAAAACCAAUAAUGUCUUCUGCUUGCAAACAUUCCGCAGAGAAUUGCUCUGUUCUUUCGACUACAACACGCGGUACAUAACCCAUAAGCUUGCUGCCAAAAUUCUGGAGAAGGUUCAGGCACAUUUGAAGCGACACUCGUCUUGAGUUACCAUUUUUUCACAGUGUGUGACAUCUCCAUCGAGGUUGAUCAGCCGCAUCGCGUUAUUCUUCCAUCAAUGGCUAGUGGUGCUCAGCAAACCUUGAAAAUAAUUGGUGUUUGUUAAACAACACGUUGAUGAAUAUUAUCAUUGUCAGAUACAAUAACAAAACUCGCUCCUUCAUUAUAACAACAAAGAAAAGGGCCUCGUCUUCGAAAUUUUAGCUAAACCAGGAUCGUUUAAGAGCUUUAGAUUGUGAGUAUUAUAGAUGUUGACCAAGAAUUUAUUUGCCCGUAAUAGGAGUGACUGUCAGUAACCCGCGUAUGACGAGUUUCCAGGUUUUUUCCUUUCCAGAGUAAGUUUGGCCAGUACUAUCUACAUUUCGAUGGUGAAUAACUAUCCCUUCCGUUUGCAGAGUUUAGUAGCUCUAUUUUCGACUUUUCGCUCGCGUCGCAUAGGUCAUGGCCUCAUGGGUUAUGCGUGACUUUCACUGAAUUUUGAUUUUUAACUGAACGAGUCUGUCCAAAUUCAGGGGCGUCUGUAUACGAGAGGACGAGAAUGAAAAGGGACGGAAGAAUACCUGCAAUA